UUGACCUGCUUUCACCGGUCGACUUGAGUUGUUGAACAUGAACAAUAAACAGUAAAUAAUAUUUUUUAAUAUAUUCCCUACUUUGAGUGGAACUAAUUUUGCCAGUAAGAAUUCACAAAUUAUUAUAUAUUCAAACAUGCCUAAGAAAGCAGUUAAAAAUGCAUUCUACUAUUAUAUGCUAGAUUUUAAAGAGCAGCAAAGGAAAGCUGGCCAGGAUUUCAAAAAUUUAAAAGAAGUUGCUGAAGCUGCGGGGCCUGCAUGGAGGGAGGAACCUGUAUCCGUCCAAACAAAAUACAAACAUAUAGCAGAAAAAGAAAAACAAAAGAAUAAUAUUACUGCAAGAAAGUACACCUCUACAGGAAUACCCCUCGAGUUCAUUGAACAACAAAAUAAAGAAAGACAAGAUGCAGAACAGAGGGAGAGAAAGGAUAUUAUAAAUUUUGUUACAGUUAAUGCAAUAAGUGGAGGUGCACAAACUGCUAACAUAUACGUACUAGAUGUAAAUUCUAUCUGCGAGUUGACGAAUGGCGAACACAUAAUUGGUGAAUUUACAAUGCUCCGUUUCAAUUUAAAUGAUGGAAUCAUUGAUUUGUAUCAUGAACUUUUAAACCCAGGCUCAAUUCCGUUGGGCUAUGCGUCAAAAGUAAAGGAAGGAUGUCAAGAGUUCAGCCUGAACAUGCCAGAUGAAACUGAACGCCGGACAAAUUAUCUUCAAGUGCUGGCCAACAUAAUUGAUUACCUGAAACCUAGAGACCGCGACGAGCAGAUGUUGCCACCAAUAUUUACAAUGCCGGAGAAAGUUGACGCUGUCCAGAGCUUCAUUGGUGAGAUGUGUCGUAGAGCAGGGGAAGAUGAAACUCUGUUUCGGAUCUACAAUCUACACUAUUUAUUAUUCAGCCUCAUAAAUCAAAUAAAGUCCCAACCUGACGAGGGGUUCCCGAAGGAAUCACUGGCCUUGACAUACCUUAGAAAUGACUUGUUUCGGUACACACUGAACAUAGGGUGUGAGCACCAUAACUCAUUAGACAAAACUCCUGAUUGCACCUCGUCCCGAGUCAAACGUUGGGCUUACAUGGUGAUGGACAGCUGUUGCCCCGUGCUGGGAGUGGACAUGAAGCCGGGAAAACAUCUACCGGCAGACUACGAUAUAGAAAGUAUAUUGACUUACAAAGAAGAGAAGAAGAGGAAAGCCAAAUCUACAGUAGCUGCAAGUUGCAAUAUUCAAGACAUGGACUCAAGCGUAUCAAUGUCCACCAACACAUCAGUUGCGUCAAAUCGCUCUUACGGAGCAGCUUGUAAUGUUCUGCCGAAACAGCAGCGGCAGUAUAAUCCAUUGCGUAAACCCGGAUCCAAGGAAUAUUUCACCGCCCCAGAACUGUCGGAAUCCGAGUUCCCAAGCUUGAGUCAGUCUUUUGGCCGGGGACGAGGAUCUGGUUCCCGAAAUAAUUUAUCAAAUAAUUUCGGCAAAUUAAAUAUUAACAACUGAAUAAGAUAAAGUAUAAGAUAAUACUAUAUUUUAAUAUACCAUAUCUCACUUCCAUAUUAUUUUUUUAAAUACUACAAAUAGUAUGUAAAUUAUAAACAAAAAAAUAUGUCUAUAUCUAUGUAUAAAAAAAACAUUAAAAAUGUUAAGCGGAAUUACUUUUCAAUAUGAUUAUUUUUUUUUCUUCCUAUUUGUUUGGCUGCAAAAGUGGAUAUUUUUGUUGGGAUUUUUUUUUUUUUAUUUCAUUUUAAUUUUGAUUUUCAGACAAUUAUGUUUUGGUUAUAAUGGUGUGAUAAAUAUUUUUUCAAAGCUUUAUUUUAAAAAUAUUAUUUUUAAUUAAAUCUCAAAUUUGUGUACUUUAUAGGUAUUCUUAAGUUUAUGUAAUUAAAAUAAAUAUUAAUAUAAAGUAAUUAAUCAGUUAAAAAACGUACGUAUAGUUUUGUUUGUGUUAUAUUGUAUAGGUAUCCAAACUGACCGAAUUUUUCAUAAGUUAUGAUGCAAUUGUAACUAGUGAAAUAUUCUGAUUAAUGUUUGACAAAUGUUAAUGUUUUAAGUUACCACAAUAAACUUCUUCAAAUUA